CCAGCUGCUGAAAUGCCCAAUCUCUGUCUUUCAUUCUUGUGGCUCCUCCUCCUUUCCCCACUGGCCUCCAACUAUGCCUCUGAAGAAGAUGACACUGUUGUGGUCACCAGCAGUGGCCCUAUCAAAGGCAGACAUAUCCAGGUUGGCUCUGGCACCCUGACUGCUUAUCUGGGGAUCCCCUAUGCAGAACCUCCUGUGGGGAAAUUGCGUUUUCAGAAGCCCCUUCCUCAUCAGCCUUGGAGUCAAGUUUUGGAGGCUACCAGCUUUGGCAAUUCCUGCUCCCAGUUCCUUGUUCAUGACAUCCCCCAUGCUUCAAUGUGGGCUGUCAAUCCACCCCUGUCAGAGGACUGUCUCUUUCUGAAUAUCUGGGUGCCCCAUCCAAGGCCUCCUACCCCAGUCCCUGUCCUUGUCUGGAUACAUGGUGGAGGGUAUAUCACUGGCUCAUCUUCUCUGGAUCUGUAUAAUGGGGCAUCGUUAGCUGCUGAGGAGAAUCUCAUAGUGGUCUCCUUGAAUUACCGCUUGGGGGCGCUGGGUUUCCUUUCAUUACCACCAGGUGCCCCAGGUAAUGCUGGCCUCUGGGACCAACAGCUGGCACUGAAAUGGGUGAAAGAGAAUGCAGCCACCUUUGGAGGAGAUCCCAGUCGGGUGACCAUUUCAGGACACAGUGCUGGAGGAGCCUUGGUGGGUUUCCAUCUUCUCUCUCCAGGAAGCCAGCCUCUUUUUGCCCGGGCUGUGAUGCAAAGUGGAACUGUGAAUGCUGUCUGGGCUUGGAUGAGUCCUGAGGAGGCCAAACAGAAUGCUUUUGCUUUGGCCCAGGCACUGGGCUGUACUCAAGAUAAAGGCACAGAUGUGGUAGCAUGCCUACAGAGAAAGGAUGUAGCGGGUUUCACGCAGUAUGAGUUAUCUGUACUGAACAGCACAAUGCUUCUGGACAUUCCUUUCACACCCAUCACUGAUGGAGAGUUCCUCCCUGAGGACCCGCAGAAGCUGCUGGAGACUGGGCGCAUUCCAAAUAUACCAGUUCUAAUUGGCACCACUUCCGACGAAGGGGCUAUGCUUGUGAUUGACCGUUUUCCAGAUGCCAAAGAUGGGCUAUUAACUUGGGAGCAGCUGCUGGAGGGUGUGAAGAGGACGGUACGAAGGGCCUCAGAAGAAGUUGUCCAGACUGUGGCACAGAAAUACAGUGAAGAGGAUCAUGGCCCCUCAUCCCACCGCAGGGCCAUGGUGCAGUCCAGUGGUGAUUACUUCUUUGUAUGCCCCUUAGCAGAAAUUGCUGCAAAGCUGACCGAAGCUGGGAGUCCUGUGCAUGUGUACUUCUUUUCACAGCACACUUCAGGUUCCGUUUGGCCUGAGUGGACUGGAGGAAUCCACGGUGCUGAAGUACCUUACUUAUUUGGCACUUUUAAGAUGAUCCUGGCUGCCAACCAAACAUACACAGAGGAGGAGGCUGCGUUAAGUCGCCGGGUGAAGCUAUACUGGGCGGAGUUUGCUAGACAUGGGAAUCCUAAUGGGAUAACCGCCGAUGAGGUUCAGUGGCAACUCUACAAUGCCACAGAGCAGAACUUCUUCCUCCUUAGCACACAACCAUCCCAAACUCUACAGAAAUCACCUGCCCAACAUUGUGGCUUCUGGAAGCAGGUUUUGAAUGUUGUGCAGUCAAGUAACUGAUGGACUUCCUGCUCCUUAAGGACACGCCUAGCUGGUUCCAAGAAGCCUGGAAAAGCACAGGAGAAUAUUCCAUGCUGAGUAAUAAAGAUCCAUUUAUUGU